AUGGACAUCGAAAGCUGUGUCGAAUUACCUGACGGACACCUCGUGAACCUCUCUCCACGACCUCAACGCAAAACUCAACAAUACCAAGCAUAUCGGGCCCACUACACGACAAAUAAGAUACCUGGAAUUCCUACUGCACGAAACAGUCAUCGCGUGCCACCUGAAGAGCCUAGAGUAUCACCCGAUGCCAUGUUUCAUAAGGAGAAAACAACCAAACUUCCACUGCCAAAGGCAGUCCCUGAUAGGGCUAGAGAACAGCGAAACCAGACACCGAGUCCAACCGGAAUACCCAAGCCAUCUUCUGCUGGGAUUUCAUCUGGAGCAUCUGGAGAACCUUCUACUGAUCGCAACCGAGACCCGUGGAGGAAGAUCCGUGACCGAUUUGAAAAAGAAUCACCGUUAACCCAGAGAAGCUCUUAUGUUCGGACAAGAGAGGGAGACGUGGCUCGAUCAAGGGCAGUUGUUGAACAACCUAAAUAUGAGAAGUAUCCGGCUCAAAUUGCCGUAGACGACCAAACGCCAAGUCGACCAAGCAACACUAGGAGCGCAAUUCCGAACCCCAAUGCCAAUAUUAGUCGGGCAGCACCAAAUGCACGACAAGAUCCACCUCGCAAUCCCGAGUCGUCCAGAUGGCGCGCAGAAAAAGAACAGCAGACCAAUCGUGAAGCCCGCGUCUACAUUGCACAGAAAGUAAAUACGACCGAUACAUCUGAUUCUAGCUCUCCCUCUCGUCAGUCUAUCUCACCGGUCUCCGCUGAAGAGUCAGUGACGGAUUGUGACUGGGAAGACCGAUUUGUGGUUCACAUGCCAUCAGCUAAGGAUCCCAACCCGCCGACCAUGACAGCGGACCAAAUCGCAGAGUACCAAAAAAGUAUCGAGAGAGUUCGCCGCAGUGGGCGCCGCAUGGUUGAUCCAAACACCAGGCCAAGCCCACGGAACUCUUUGGGAGAUGGAAAACGUGAUCCCCCGACGCACCGGGAGAGAAGAAGAGCUUCUGCUCAAUACCAUACUUACGAUGGUCGCAAUUCUGACCAACCCGACUCUGAUACUCAAGACAGUCCACCAGAACCCGAUCGAUCGGCAGCUACAAACUCCCAGCUUCAUCCCUCUCAGGCUCAAGGACAUUACUACAGCCCGGAUGAGAUUGGCAAGAACCGCAUCAGUACUAUAUGGGAGGAGUCUCCCACCAAAGCUAAAGAAAAGCGAGGAUCACAUAUUGCAGACGGCUCUUUUUUAGGGUGCAAGGAGAUCAACGGGCCUGGAACAAAGAACCCGGACGAAAUCCUUCUUUUCGCUUCAGGAGAAGACUCGGCCACUCUACAGCCGAGGCCACUGGCGAUAGGAGCGAAGAAGAGGCUGAAAGAGAAAGCCUCUCGGGCAGCCCGGAAGUCGGCCGACAAAGUUGCUCUGGAAGAAGAGUGGUCACAAGUUUCUCAGAAUUCGAAGCAUGCCCAAUGCUUGAAGCAGUCGUCGGUAACAAUGUGCCAAGAACCCAAGUGCGCGGAGCAGGAGGUAGCAACGCCAGAGUCAAAAUCGAGCAAGGAGAACUCCCGUCCCACAGAAAGCAAAGAAAACACCCCAGUGAAGACGGACGACGGACGGGGGGACGACGAUGUGUUCAUUAUCACACCCACUAUCACGCGUACUAUGAUUCCCACUCCAACCCCAGAAAAAUCACCAAAGACCGCAAAAACAAUAUCCAUUUUAAAAGCGCAAGGCCUGCGUCGUCCCGGUGGAACUGGUCACUCUGGGACCGGAGAGGCAGUCAAGGCCGUUCGGGCAAAGGCUCAGGUCAUCUCUACACUUUCUGGGCUGCGACCCGCGACGAAUCCCGCGCAGGUCAAAUCGACAGUUUCCUCACUAGCUGCUUCAAAAAGCGGUCUCACCAACCUCCCCAUGACCAAAAAGAAGAGCAUAAAAGAGGGGUUGGCAAAAGACGAGGAUACAAAACCGACAGAGACCGCCACCCCGGAGAAAGAGAAGGACAAGGAGAAACCCGAAAAGACGUCAAAUUCCAUCCGUGGGUUCAUCCGUACCUCCGGGCUAGCAAAGUCCACAAGCAUGGUUAGAUCGCCAACCGGAAGUUUGGCUACAAUAAUCCGAAAUGGCACAGAGUCACUACGCCAUCGUGCUGAGUCUUUCCGCAAUGGAUCUGGCUCUCUUGUCAGCCGAAAGAGCUCAAGCUCACCUGUUUCUCAAAUUUCUCCGCCAUCUAGAGACAACUCCGAGUCUUCCAGAUCUGACCGAUCCUUCAGAUCAGCUAAAGAAACACCACCAUCUUCUACGAAGCCUUCCCCUGUGAAAGCAAAAACUCGACAGCCAAGGGUAUCACUUGAGAAGCCUUCACCUAAGGAAAAGCCUCCUGUGGUGGAACCGAAGCCUCCGCCCAAGAAGGCUUCACCUCCACUAGAAAGGAACACACCUCCACCGGAGCAACCAAAGCUCGAAAAGUUGACCAUCUCAGAGAAAGCGUCUCAAGCCGAACGUCUCUCUCGACAGGAAAGGCUCGAGAGAUUUAAAGAACAAGCGCGGGCUCGGAGGGCAACGAAAGUGGUUGAAAUUGCAGAACUGGAUGGUCAUCAAGUCUCCGGUGCAACCGAUACCCUUCAAGCCAACAUCACGGAUGUUCGUGAUGAUCUUGGAAAACUCGAUCCCAUCGACAAAGACGACGACCUACCUAAAGGACCUUCUAAUACCGUUGCUUUGUCCAUGAUAUUUGAAAUCGUCCUCGUGGCUGUUACAAACAUGCACAAAUUCGGCCUACAAACUACAGACAGUGCAUACGCCAAGUUCAUCAUCUUGAAUAUUCUGAGUAUGACUCAACACUGUUACCAAGUCUUCGGCACAAUUUAUCAGACAGUAUCGGUCUACCAGGCCACAGGUACUUGGCCCAAACCAAAGAAUGAUAAAGCCAUCAGUCGAUUCAUGGUAGAAACUCUCCAAGCUGCAGUUUACCUCGUUAUCCUUGGCUUUGGUGCCUUGGUUCUCGGACGUACCGCAGGAUACCUUUUCCUUAUUGCCAGCUGGAUGCUCUGGCUCGCAAAACCAUUUACCUGGACAUUCCAGUGUUUUACCCGUGCACUCAUAACAUGA